AAAUCUCGAUCUCUGCGUUCCAUCGCAGGCGCCUCCGUCGACGGCGCUUCAGUUCCCGCCAGCCGCCAGUCAAGGUCCUUCUUGCUGCGUCCUUCUGGGCUGCCGCCGCCCGUCAUAGUAGCUUCAGCUGGAGCAGACAUGGAAAACGGCGGCAUCCCUUCAUCAGUGCACGCUACCGUGUUCAAACAAUCGGAGUCUCUCGAGGGGAAAGGCCAUGAGAUCAAAGGCUACGACUUCAACCAGGGCGUGGACUACCCUCAGCUGCUUAAAUCAAUGGUCUCAACUGGGUUCCAAGCUUCCAAUCUCGGCGACGCAAUUUCAGUUGUUAAUCAGAUGUUAGACUGGAGGCUUGCUGAUGAGGCCAUUGCUGAAGAUUGCAGUGAAGAAGAGAAGGAGCCUGUAUAUAGAGAGUCAGUGAGGUGCAAGAUUUUCUUGGGGUUCACCUCAAAUUUGAUCUCUUCCGGCGUUAGAGAUACAGUUCGUUAUCUCCUUCAGCAUCACAUGGUUGAUGUGGUGGUCACAACUGCAGGUGGCAUAGAAGAAGACCUUAUCAAAUGCCUAGCCCCGACUUACAGAGGGGACUUCUCUUUACCUGGAGCUCAACUGCGUGCAAAAGGGUUGAAUCGCAUCGGCAACUUGUUAGUUCCUAAUGAUAACUACUGCAAGUUUGAGGACUGGGUUAUUCCCAUUUUUGACCAGAUGUUAAAAGAACAAACUGAAAAUGUAUGGCUUUUGCUCAUGUUGGCUUUAUCCAUUUCAGAGAAUACUCUAUGGACGCCAUCGAAGUUAAUUGCUAGACUCGGGAAAGAGAUUAAAUGUGAAAGCUCAUACCUUUAUUGGGCAUACAAGAACAACAUUCCAGUGUUUUGUCCUGGAUUAACUGACGGUUCACUUGGGGACAUGCUGUACUUUCAUUCCUUCCGCAAUCCAGGAUUGAUUGUGGACAUAGUUCAAGAUAUCAGGUCCAUGAAUGGGGAGGCUGUUCAUGCAACUCCAAGAAAAACGGGGAUAAUUGUUCUUGGAGGUGGGCUUCCCAAGCACCACAUAUGCAAUGCCAAUAUGAUGCGAAAUGGUGCAGAUUAUGCUGUUUUCGUCAACACAGCGCAGGAGUUUGAUGGCAGUGAUUCUGGAGCUCAGCCUGAUGAGGCUGUUUCUUGGGGGAAAAUACGAGGCUCUGCCAAAACAGUAAAGUACCCUAUGCAUCCUCUGGGCCCUUGGCUCUCGAAACGGACUCCCAACUCCCGGGGAACACAUGAACCUGUGAUCAAAUUCAUUCUCGAAUUGGAAAGAGUUGGGUCCAGCUGGUGCUUGUGGUGCCCGAUUGGGCGACUUCGGUGAAGUGAACCUGUUUGACAUGCUGACUCAACAGGACUCAAUGUCAAUUGGACACAGAUGAAACAGAUUGAAUCUUUUGUUAUGAAUCAUUCAGCAUGGUUCAUUGUGAUGCAACGAUUGCUUUCCCGCUGCUAGUUGCUGAGUCGUUUGCUGCAAGGCAAGACAGAACCAUGAAGACAGGAACUUGAUUUAUGGUGGCUACUUGCAGUUAAGUUAACAAAGUCAGCGGACAUUUAAGAUUAACUUACCCUACCCAUUUAAAGGUUAAGCUUCUAUAGUUCUACAUAGAACAUGUGUGACUGGGAACAACAGCAUUGCUGAAUUGUUCUACUGGCAGAGUAACAAUAGCCAUAUAUGAUCGGGAGGCGCAGCGUUUGCUAUUACAACCGAAUUGUUCUACUUACUCAUUUUCGUCGAGGACUCUGUCCUUACUAAACAGAAAAAAGUUUGCUAUUACAACAAACCCACCACUAAUUAUCGAAGACACUGCUCUAGAAUCACUUCUCAUUUAUGCGUAUUUUUCUUGUUGAAGAGGAAUUAUUCCUGUGCCUCCUUGACCACAUUCAUCACCCAGACCCUGCAAGUUUGAUUUUCAGCCAAAUAGGAC